AUGCGUAAUUAUAAUAAUCAUUCUCUUCAUAGUCAUUAUCUAAAACGGAAGAGUGAUGCAGCAGAUUACGAAGCUGAGUCUAGUGAUAGGACAGCUGCUACUGGAUAUACUGAAGCAGUUACCAGCCCCCUCCAGACUCCUGUGUCAAGCAAGGUGGGAAAGGCAAACAAAACAUCAAGGCUGACAAAGUGUAGCAGAUCUGGACCCCAGACUCCGGCUUCCAAUGUGGGUUCUCCUUCUGGGGCUAAUCUUACUCCAGCCGGACCUUGUCGUUUUGACAGCUCCCUAGGUCUCUUAACAAAAAAGUUUAUCAAUCUGAUCAAACAUGCGGAAGAUGGUAUUCUGGAUCUCAAUAAUGCUGCUGAUACUUUAGAGGUGCAAAAGAGGCGGAUUUAUGAUAUAACAAAUGUUCUUGAAGGAAUUGGUCUUAUAGAAAAGAAGCUUAAAAAUAGAAUUCAGUGGAAGGGACUUGAUGUCUCGAGGACAGGAGACGUGGACGAAAAUUAUCCUAGUUUACAGGCACAAGUUGAAAACCUAUCUGAUGAGGAGCGCAGAUUGGAUCAGCAAAUAAGAGAAAUGCAGGAAAGGUUGAGGGACCUGAGCGAAGAUGAAAGCAAUAAGAAAUGGCUUUUUGUUACUGAAGAAGACAUCAAGGGCUUACCUUGCUUGCAGAAUGAAACCUUAAUAGCAAUUAAAGCUCCACAUGGCACCACUCUUGAAGUCCCAGAUCCUGAUGAGGCUGUUGACUAUCCCCAAAGGAGAUACAGGAUGGUCCUGAGAAGCACGAUGGGUCCAAUAGAUGUCUACCUUGUCAGUCAAUUUGAGGAGAAGUUCGAGGAGAUUAAUGGUGUUGAAGUACCUACAGACAUCCCCUCAAGUUCAGGGGUUAAUGAAAACCCAGCUACAACAAUGGUCACAGAGAAUAGAGGGAAGGAUGUUGAAAUUCAGGGACCAGAUGAUCAUAGAAUGUGCACUGAUCCCACUGCUUCCCAGGACAUCAUGAGUGGGAUGAUGAAGAUUGUUCCCUCAGAUGUUGAUAGUGAUGCAGAUUACUGGGUUUUAUCAGAUGCUGAUAUUAGUAAGACGUGGAGAACAGAACCUGGGGUUGUAUGGAAUGAGUUGGGUGCAAUUGAUGAAAAUUAUCCCAUGGUUAAUGUCAGCACACCACAGCCGCAAACUCCGCCAUCCAGUUCAACUCAAGUACCGGCUACUGCCAACCGUACUAAGACUUGAAACCUAAAAAUGAUUCUUACUGAAUCUAAUUGCAGAAGUGCACUCUUUUUUUCUGAGAACCUAUGAUGUCCAACCAUCUCAUGUAUUUGUUUCGCCGGCGGAGGUUGGGUUGAAGGUUCCGGUAAGUGUUCCCGGAGGAUCCAUCUGAGGAACAAAAGAACAGUGGAACCAAAGAUGGAGGUAGCUGCAUUGUUGUACAUUAAUGUAAUAUACAUAUCCAUGAGACGGUGGCUAAUAAUUAAGAGGAUACAAUUGUUAGUACAUCAUGUAUAUUAUUAGAAUUAGCAGGCUUUUCUUGUAUUAACCAGAGUGAAGUAGACAGUAGACUGUCUAGUAAUAAGUCUGGAUAAGGUUGGAUAGGGAGAAUAUCGGGUAGUUUCAGGACCCGAAAAAAGGAAAGGAUUUAUGUUCUGAUGCCUCGUUUUGUUUUGAAUAAUACCGAUGAGCUAUUUUCUGAACUAGAAUUACCACAUUUUGUG